AUGCGUUUAUACGUUCUUAUCAGUUUUGCUGCUAUGGCCAUGGCUGCAGCAGCCACACGACUAAAUCUACUCGAAGCCGACCCAAGCCCCUCCCCGUCCUUUGCAGAAGUCCAGGAUGAUAGUCCCAACGUCGAUGGCGAGAUCAAUCCCAACGCAUGCUAUUGGGAAGGUUCUGCUCCUUUCUGUGAGGGUCGUUGCGCGUGCGCGAUACGUCAUCUUGGGUAUGAUGUACAGAAUUUUGACGGCAACCGCCGAUGGGUCUGCAAACGCUGUAUCCGAAUCAAGAGCCCACGGGCAAGGGGUUUUGCAGAGAAGGGCAUCCAGAACGCAAAUGCUCAUUUAUUCAGAGACCGCGGCAUAUGCGCCCCUGACGACGGAACAAAAUCGUCAGCUCAGAAGCGAGCAGAAAAGGUGAAGACCAAACACCAAAGAUCCAUUACUGACAUGAUGAAGCUCGAUACGCGGCUUCCACGAGAGCAAGACAUUGCCAACCAUCUUGUUCAGGGGUUUGAUCGGAAACACUUCCAGCGCCUUGUGCUAGAAUGGAUUGUCGAAGAGAACCACGCCUUUCGUGUGUGUGAACAGGGAAGGCUGCGUACAAUAUUCGAAUACCUCAACCCUCUCGUUAAGAUCACCGACGCCAACAUUAGCAGAACGACUAUUCGGUAUAAGGUUCUUGCAUCCUACGAAGCACACAAGGACAAGGUGGCAACGGUGUUGCAAAAGUCGCCCGGGUUGAUUCACAUCUCCUUUGACGGAUGGAGGUCGGGGAACAGGCAUAGUCUCUACGGUGUAACUUGCUUCUUUCGGGACGAGAAUAACAACGCGGAGAGCAAUGAUACCGUGAUGGAAGUCAUUGGGGGUGAGCUUGGAUUUGUUGGAUCUACGAGGCGUGGCCGCUGCUUUGGCCAUAGUCUAAACCUCUCCGCCAAAGCGCUGCUUUUCGGGCACAAUGCUGCAGCCUUUGAGGAGCAGCUGUCAGGUGCAGCACCAUUGUCCGAGGCGGAGCACACUCUUUGGCGGCGUAAGGGACCUGUCGGAAAGCUACACAACCUCGUAGUGGACGUUAGGAGAUCGGACCAGCUUACUUAUCUGCUACGAAGUAUACAACGCUCCGAAUUCGACAUGUCAUCUGAUCUAAGGAUACAAGCGAGCACGCCUCUCGAUCUGAUCAUCGACAAUGACACCCGUUGGCUCUCCCAGCUAUAUAUGAUCAGGCGCGCCCUUACUCUUCGACCGUUUCUCGAGCAGCUCAUUCUGAAGCACCGCCAACAAUGGGAGCAGGAGGUAAGGUCAAAGAGAACGGGCGGUAUCAAAAAGUCAGCUAAGGAGCCUCGGAUUUGCAUGGAGGUGAACCAGUUGACGAGCAACGACUGGAUAGUCCUGGAGCAUCUUGCCAAGCUGCUAGGUUUCUACGAAGAUGCUAUCAGGACUCUAGAGGGCGAUGCCAACUGCGCAAGCGAAAGCGAGGAUGGGUUGGCUCAUCGCCCGGAUUGGGUGAUGAAGGCCAAGCAAAUGGCCCAAGAGGUGUGGGAAACGCAAUACCGCCGCCUACGGGCAGAACCUAAUCUUGUGACUGGCAACUCUGCGGCGAAGCGUCAGAGGAAGUACUACAAUCCAUUGCAAGUAUACUGCGAGCGUACGCGUUCGGUAUCCGCAUCUGUCGCGGUGAAAGACGAGCUAGCCGAUGCCGACCGCUUCGACGGGGAAGAUGACGAAGACGAGCUAGAACUAUGGCAUUCGUCAUGGGAGGACGGAGACGGCGAUGUCCGGGAUCUCUUGUCAUACUGGCAUGAGCGUAGGCGGCGAUAUCCUCGCCUGUCGCGAAUGGCCAUGGAUUUUCUGACGAUUCAGGCUAUGUCGGCGGAGUGCGAGAGGCUGUUUUCGGCAGCUGGGCGAAUGGUGACGCCGCUGCGAAGUCGACUUGAUGCUGAUAUGAUUGGAAUGUGCCAAGUGCUGCGGUCGUGGUUACGAGCUGGGGUGAUUGAUGAUCUGGAUGUAUUGCUUGUUCCUGUUGACCAGUGCAGUGACGAAGUUGAAGGAGAGUUAAUGGAUGAAGAGGAGGAUGAAUGA